UUAAAUUUCCUACAACUUUUGUUUUAAUGAUUUUUUCCUAACUCUCAUAUUUUCUCCGAAAUUUAACUUAGAACAUUAGUCAACAAAAUUGACCUUUUUAAAAAGGUCAGAGCCCCCCUCCAGCUGUCCUGUCCGUCGGCGAUCUAAAGGAUCGAGGUUAAGGAUGUCAUCGUGAUUUGUUUCAAAUUGGUGUUAAUGGAUUAGUAAUAACAGAUUAUGGAUCACCGAUAACAAGGAAUACAUUUGUAAAUAUUAACACACAACACACAAUUACCGUAUAAUAAUUCAGGGGUGAGUUAUUUGUCGGUAUUAUUGGAUCGCGUGUCGCUUGACACCGGGGUAGAAGGGGGUAGGAACAGGCAGGUGGAAUUAGUUUUGCGUUAUUUAAGCCUGGACAUUAUAAUACCGUAUUACCGAGGUCAAGGUUACCAACAUAAUAAUGGAACAUUUUCAAAUAACACGGUAGAAAAAUUUUAAUAACAAUAAUUAAUUAAUUACUUCACGUUCACUUUGACUCAACUUCACGUGUGGCCUAAUUACUCACCCAACUUCUAAGAAGUAAGCUCUUGUCGAUUUCGAUAGUGGUAUUAUCAGCAUAUCGUAGCCUAAAUCUCAAGUGCUUUGAAUUAUCGGUGCCAAUAUAAGCCCAGACUGAGCUAGAGUUCAUCAGUCUGAAAGAUACGACGAUAUUAUGGCUAAUUACGCAAUAUUCUGGUUGGUGAUGUUAUUUGGAACUGCCGCAAGUUCCAACCUUAUGACUAAUUCCAGUGGGAACUCCAUCGAAGACCGCCUUCCUAGCAUACCAAACGCUCAAAAUAAUAAUACGAAUUGUACAACAAACAAUGAUUGUACCAUCAAAAAUUCAGAGUGUACCAACGAACAAUGUCGUUGUAAACAAUAUUACUUUGAACUAAACAACCAAUGUGUUCCUGGACUAGGAGCUGAUUGUUCCGAAACAAUAAAAUGUCAAGCUCAAAAUUCGACUUGUGGAUCAACUAACCACUGUGUUUGCGAAUCUAGGUUCAUCUUUUCCAAUAUCAGUCACUGUCUUCCAAAUAAUAAUACGAAUUGUACAACAAACAAUGAUUGUACCAUCAAAAAUUCAGAGUGUACCAACGAACAAUGUCGUUGUAAACCAUAUUACUUUGAACUGAACAACCAAUGUGUUCCUGGACUAGGAGCUGAUUGUUCCGAAACAAUAAAAUGUCAAGCUCAAAAUUCGACUUGUGGAUCAACUAACCACUGUCUUUGCGAACCUAGGUUAAUUUUUUCCAAUACCAGUCACUGUCUUCCAAAUAAUAAUACGAAUUGUACAACAAACAAUGAUUGUACCAUCAAAAAUUCAGAGUGUACCAACGAACAAUGUCGUUGUAAACCAUAUUACUUUGAACUGAACAACCAAUGUGUUCCUGGACUAGGAGCUGAUUGUUCCGAAACAAUAAAAUGUCAAGCUCAAAAUUCGACUUGUGGAUCAACUAACCACUGUGUUUGCGAACCUAGGUUCAUUUUUUCCAAUACCAGUCACUGUCUUCCAAAUAAUAAUACGAAUUGUACAACAAACAAUGAUUGUACCAUCAAAAAUUCAGAGUGUACCAACGAACAAUGUCGUUGUAAACCAUAUUACUUUGAACUGAACAACCAAUGUGUUCCUGGACUAGGAGCUGAUUGUUCCGAAACAAUAAAAUGUCAAGCUCAAAAUUCGACUUGUGGAUCAACUAACCACUGUGUUUGCGAACCUAGGUUCAUUUUUUCCAAUACCAGUCACUGUCUUCCAAAUAAUAAUACGAAUUGUACAACAAACAAUGAUUGUACCAUCAAAAAUUCAGAGUGUACCAACGAACAAUGUCGUUGUAAACCAUAUUACUUUGAACUGAACAACCAAUGUGUUCCUGGACUAGGAGCUGAUUGUUCCGAAACAAUAAAAUGUCAAGCUCAAAAUUCGACUUGUGGAUCAACUAACCACUGUGUUUGCGAACCUAGGUUCAUUUUUUCCAAUACCAGUCACUGUCUUCCAAAUAAUAAUACGAAUUGUACAACAAACAAUGAUUGUACCAUCAAAAAUUCAGAGUGUACCAACGAACAAUGUCGUUGUAAACCAUAUUACUUUGAACUGAACAACCAAUGUGUUCCUGGACUAGGAGCUGAUUGUUCCGAAACAAUAAAAUGUCAAGCUCAAAAUUCGACUUGUGGAUCAACUAACCACUGUGUUUGCGAACCUAGGUUCAUUUUUUCCAAUACCAGUCACUGUCUUCCAAAUAAUAAUACGAAUUGUACAACAAACAAUGAUUGUACCAUCAAAAAUUCAGAGUGUACCAACGAACAAUGUCGUUGUAAACCAUAUUACUUUGAACUGAACAACCAAUGUGUUCCUGGACUAGGAGCUGAUUGUUCCGAAACAAUAAAAUGUCAAGCUCAAAAUUCGACUUGUGGAUCAACUAACCACUGUGUUUGCGAACCUAGUUUCAUUUUUUCCAAUACCAGUCACUGUCUUCCAAAUAAUAAUACGAAUUGUACAACAAACAAUGAUUGUACCAUCAAAAAUUCAGAGUGUACCAACGAACAAUGUCGUUGUAAACCAUAUUACUUUGAACUGAACAACCAAUGUGUUCCUGGACUAGGAGCUGAUUGUUCCGAAACAAUAAAAUGUCAAGCUCAAAAUUCGACUUGUGGAUCAACUAACCACUGUGUUUGCGAACCUAGUUUCAUUUUUUCCAAUACCAGUCACUGUCUUCCAAUUCAGUCAUUCGGGCAGCCUUGUGAAGAAAACGAACAAUGUUCCUGCAUGCAUGACAAAAAAUGCCAGUUGAACAACACAUUCAAAGACAUUGUUUGCUGGAACAAACAAUGCACGUGUCAGCUUGACCACCACUACGCCUUCAGAAGUAAUGCCUGCGUUCAUACUUCAGGAAUCAACGAACAGUGUUCCAUUGACGAGAACUGCGAGAAGCUACUGUUCGCGGAGUGCUACGAGAACAAGUGCGUUUGCAAACCGAACUACUUUGCAUCAGGAGGUAAGUGCAAGAUAGGGUUGAACGCUAAUUGUAUCACUAACGGCCAAUGUUCCGCGGUGGAACAUGCCAAGUGUAAGGAGGGUAAGUGCAAGUGCGUGGAUAAGUUCGUGGAACGGUCGGUGGAACUUUGCGUACCGGAGAGUUCUUUCGGCGGAGACUGCAAGUACGUAGAACAAUGUACCAGUCAAACUUCGAACGCGACUUGCGAGGCGACGACAGAUGGCGCGAAGGUGUGUGGAUGCGGAACCGGGCAGCACCACCACGCCUCCGGGUGCUUCCCAACUAAAAUACUGGACGAACGAUGUGACUCGGACAGCGAAUGCUUCGUAACUUCCAAGUACGACAGCGUCGCCUGCAUAGAGAACAAGUGCGUCUGCGUUGAAGGAUUUGAAAAGGUCAAUGGAACAUUCUGCGGUAGCGCGGGUAGUACUCUCGGAUCAGCACUGUUAGUUUUCUUUAUGGUGGUUGUCAAGUCUGCCAUCUAGGAACGAUUGUUUCA